UAUUUGCCCGGGACACAUGCGUGAGCCUCCUCAAAUUGGCGCACUAAUCCUAAAAGGAGCCAUGAAGUGUUAAAUGGCAGAAAGCGGGAGAGCGGCGCUCAGACUCACGCACGCCGGGAGAGAGGCAGGGAACACCGCUGCUCCACUGCGUCACACUGAAGGGGAAAAAUAAAAAAAGAAAAACUUAUCGACUUCUUCUCCCGAAGCAAACCUGCGCUGCGCAAUUAGUGCGAGGAGCCCUCUACUUUUUUAUUUCCUCCGCUCGUGAAGCAAAAAUAAAUAAAGAAAUCAAGCUGGCUCAGUGCUUGUCUCAACAGCCCACUUUGACAGGUGUUCCUCACCCCCUUUGGAGGACUGUCAACAGCAAGAGGAUGGCAUCAGAGCUGGCAAUGAGCAACUCCGACCUGCCCACCAGUCCCCUGGCCAUGGAAUAUGUUAAUGACUUCGAUCUGAUGAAGUUUGAAGUGAAAAAGGAGCCGCUGGAGCCCGAUCGCAGCAUCAGCCAGUGCAGCCGCCUGGUCGCCGGGGGAUCCCUGUCUUCCACCCCGAUGAGCACGCCCUGCAGCUCGGUUCCCCCCUCUCCAAGCUUCUCGGCGCCCAGUCCGGGAUCAGGAAGCGAGCAGAAGGCGCACUUGGAGGAUUUCUACUGGAUGACCGGCUACCAACAGCAGCUCAACCCCGAGGCUCUGGGCUUCAGCCCGGAGGACGCCGUAGAGGCGCUGAUCAGCAGCAGCCACCCGCUCCAGAGCUUCGACGGCUAUGCCAGGGGGCAACAGUUCGCAGGCGGGGCGGCACCGGCGGGCGCCAUGGCCGGGGAAGAGAUGGGCUCUGCGGCUGCCGUGGUGUCCGCGGUCAUCGCUGCAGCCGCAGCUCAAACCGGUGCUCCCCACCAUCACCACCACCACCACCACCACGCAGGUGCACAUCACCCGUCCUCCGGGUCCCAGUCCGGCGGCGGAGGCGGCGGCGGCGGAGGCGGCGCGGGGGGGAACCACCAUCACCACCACCACCCGCACAUGCGCCUGGAUGAGCGCUUCUCUGACGAGCAGUUGGUGACCAUGUCGGUGCGGGAGCUCAACCGACAGCUCCGCGGGGUCAGCAAGGAGGAAGUGAUCCGUCUCAAGCAGAAGAGGAGGACACUAAAGAACCGCGGCUAUGCCCAGUCGUGCCGCUACAAGCGGGUGCAGCAGAGGCACGUCCUGGAGGGCGAGAAGACGCAGCUCAUCCAGCAGGUGGACCACCUCAAGCAGGAGAUCUCCCGGCUGGCCAGGGAGAGAGACGCCUACAAGGAGAAAUACGAGAAGCUCAUCACCACCGGCUUCAGAGAAAACGGGGGCUCCGGCAGCGACAACAACCCUUCAUCUCCAGAGUUUUUCAUGACGUCAAGAAAAUUCCUCCAUCUGUGAUAGCAAGUUUGGUCUUCUAUGGCCCUUCACCCUCAAACAGAGAUGUCCGUCCUUCCACUGGAAUGCUGACGCUCCAAGGUCGACUUACAGCUCCUGGACUGCCAUAAAGCACAACGUCUCAAAAGCAUCCCGCCCAAUGGCGACGUCACGGCAAACGACCCACAGCAGCACCAGUGUGAAAUACACAAAGCAAAAUUGAUUUAAAAAAAAAAAAUACAAGAGACUGAAAUCUACAUUUCUGACCAGGGAAGAAACAAAAAGAAAAACAAAUCCAGGACUCCUCACAGAAACAAAACACAUUUGCUAUUCCAAAAUCAAUACCUCCAGUGUAGUUUAUAAAUAUUUAGAUUGAUUCGCUUAGAAAAGUGAAGAAAAAAACGUGUCCACACCCCUUUAGCACACGUGUCAGGAUAUUGUAAAUAUUGUACAGACAACAAAUGGGGAGGUUAUUUAAAAAGAGCAAACAAAAAAAAAGUCAAAUUAUUGCAGAUUUAUGUAUAGAACCAUACCUCUAAUGAGUUGAUAGGCCCAUGAGUGUCACAUGAUCGUUAUUUCUUUAGCCCCACCCCCUAAAGGACAAACAACUACACAAACAUUGACAGUACAUACAGGUACAACUAGACAAGAAAAACAUGAACAUUAUUUGGGAGGUAAUAGAGCCACACUGAACCACAGAGAAGGAAAAAAAUUAAAUUAUGAGAAAAAAAGGACAUCAUUUUAACAAGUGAAUGUCAACAUUCCAACACAAAUGACACGUUUUUUCAAGAAAAAUAUAUAUUUUUUGUAUAUUACAGCUACAAUAUAUACUUGGAAAACGACCAUGUUUUUUCUUGUGUUUACUGUUUUCGUCGUAGCAUUAUAACAAAACUUAAAAUGACCACUUAAUUCAUAAUAUCACAACUUUUGUCUUGUAAUGCUGCAACUUAACAUUCACAAAGUAAAAAUAUCUGUCUUAAUAUUAUAACAUUACUCUAAUAGACACAUGAUUUUUCUUGUAAUAUUAAAACCUCUUGUAAAACAAGAGGUAUUUAGAGGUAAAGGGGUCUUAUUAAUAAUGUACAGGAAUAUUAGAACUUUAUUUUUUGUAAAAUAAUUGAUGACGUUAAUCUGCAAAAAAUUACUAAUAAUUAAAAAACAACUUUUUUUUUCAUGUAAUGUUAUGACUAUUUUCCAUGACGUAAUGAUUUAUUUCACAUUUUUUUUCAUGGACUAUUCCAACUUUAUUCUCUAAAAAUUAGGACUUUUUUUCCUCAUGAAACAUUUUUUGUCAUUUUUCUCGUAAAAUGUAGUCUUCAUUCUGGAAAAAUGACUACUUUAUUCUUCUAAUUACAGCUUUAUUCUUGUAUUUUUUUCUGUUCAGUGUGGCUCUAAUAGUCAUGUAUUGUAUAUUUGCAACAUAAUGCUACACUAUUGCCGGAAUCAGAUGCAUAAACCACAGAGAGGAGGAGAUCUAUUACAAAACUGACAUUUACUUUGAAUUAGGCUUUUAAAAGAAGGAUUUAACAUAUGGAAAACAGAAAAAGGACGAGGAACUCCCAGCAAGAAGUGUAUAUGUGAUUUUCAUCCUCCUUGGUGUGGUGACAUGUCCAUACAGGCAUACAGUAGCAGCUUGGCAGCUCAAUUGUACAGUCAAUUAGGCUUCCUCUUUAUUUGCUCACACCCAACUGGACAACAAAACUCCGGCAUCCCCUCUUCGGCUCACAGGGCCUGGACCCCCGUCGAGCUCUGCGACACCAGGCGCUCGCUCAAUUCCCACAGGCCGGCGGCAGCAGCAGGGUCCUGCGCCUGGACGGAGGGAACGGAGCGGAAGCAGUUGUUGAAGUACAUGCCGCCCACGCCCUCCAGCUCUGGAGCCACGGCGCAGUACACCGUGGUGGCGGCGCCUUGUUGCUGCGGACACACAAAAGAUGGAGGAGAACAUUAUAAGACUUUCUUUCCCCUGUAAAUAUAUUUAUAUACAUAUAUUUAUUUAUUUAUGUCUCUACUGGGUGUCUAUGGGACCAUGUGAGGAAGAACUGGGAGUGACGACCACCACUACCAUGCUUUUAUGUAUAUAGGCUAUAAAUAUGUAUAGUUUUCACAUGAUGGAAUUAGUGUGGCUUUUAGGAGUAGUUGGAAAUGGCGUGAACACACACAUAUACACACACACACACACACAUGCACACACACACACACACAUACAGUACACUAUGACUGUGUCAGUAAGUAUUCCAAGCAAAAGUCUAAGUCUGGCAAGCAUCAAAACACAACUUUCCUAAUGCAACCCCCAAAGCCAUCAGUCAGUAAUUAGCGGGGAUAUUCACGCCACCGCUGGACGGGAGAUUUCAGUGACAUUUUGAAAACGGAAGUGGAAUAAAAGACGUCAGGCGGAAUUACACACAUUAGCCCGCACGCUCAAAAGGCUUUUCAUGUGAGGCUAAAAAAGAAAACGGCGGAUCUGCUCAUGACAGGGAGAGUUUAGAAGUGGAAGCCAUGUGACGACUGCGGGCGACAAACACACACACACACACACACACACACACACACACACGCACACAACAUGCCAACUGUUUGAACGAGCAGCUGUGCAGAAAAACCAACAAAUGUGCAAAAAAUGCAAAUCCAGGAUUCCAAGAAAUCUUUGUCAUCAAGGAAGCUGGAAGUAAAGUUGCUGCAGCGUUUUGAUGAAAGCGAAAAGAGCUUGUCUGUCUAACCUGCCAGCCAGGCGAUAACACGGCCCCCUCGCCGUCACAUGUCUCCCUAUCAAAGACGGGACAAAUGCCAAGCAGUGUCUCCGAGCUGGGAGGUUCACACGACCGCGUCGUCAUCUGAUGUGGCUCGCCUCUGCCGCUAAGACGCCUUUCAAACGCUCGCCGGCUCACGCCGCCUUGAACGCGGCUGACUUUGAGUCCAAACAGCGGCCAUGCUAAUAAAAGUUUCAACUUGGAAAACUUUUACUUUCUUGCUAAUGCCUUCUCUCAAUCAAUCAGACUGGCUUAUUACAUUACAGCAGUUUCAUAACAUGACAAACAAAAUCUAACAUGCACCCCUUUCACGCUGCUUGCAAAAGCCGGCAAUUUUCCACCUUUAGAGGUAGUAUCAGAGGCGCGUCACAGUCUGUGUGAAAGGCUAUUCAGCAAAAGUCAAAGUCUCCUGAAAAGCUAUGUAACAGGAGCCUCUUUCACACUACACGUGCCAGCAUUUUUCUACCUUUCUGACACACAAUGGGGACAACAAAGUCUACAUGGAAACAUUACCACAUGUACAGUCGUAACAGAGGUGGGACAACGCCUGUGGAUAAGGGUAUUCAGCAAAAUCAAAGUCUUCCGAAAAGCUAUGUAACAAGAGCCUGCCUUCACGCUGCCAACAUGUUUCCCCCUUUCCAACACAGAAUGGGGAGUAGUCUCCAUGGCAUUUCCACCUAAAGAGGCAGUAACAGAGGCGGGAAACAGCCUGUGUGUAAGGGUAUUCAGCAAAAUCUCACCAGACAAUGGCUUCUCUCAUUCUGCUGUGUUGAAAUUAAGUGUUGCUGUCCAACAAGAGUUCUACGACUGUUUUAAGGCGCACACAGUUACAGUUUUACCCCACCUUUGCUGGGUUCUGUGUGAAAUGCGAUGACGCAAUGAUGUGAUGGAGCUUAUAUACAAUACAGUCACGUACAUUUACACACAAUAUACACGUUUGGACAAGAGCGAAGGAAUCAAGAGGACAAUCUACGUGUGUGUUAUCCACUUUGGUGUACAUUUAAAGCUGUAAAUGUAUUUCUAUCUCCUACAAGUACAUGUAAUCCAUGAUGAUCACAUCUCAAGUAGCUUUCAGAGCAUCUGUGGUGUUUCAAGUUUGCUGUCUAACCAACCCUCAAAAAAUGGAAGACAUAUUUAUAUCACAUUUGGGUUCAUGUGCUGUGAGGCCUUUCCACCAGAAAAAAAACCUUAAUGUGAUAUUAAUGAUAAUGUGAGGCCCACUUUAUAAUGCUAUUUGGGAUUAUAUGCAUUUUUCAAGUUAAUUAAGUGGAUUCAAGAAAUGGCAUUCAAUUGUGUAAAUAAAAUUGCCUAAAUUUGCUCAAAGCAAGAGACCAACCCAGGAGUGCAAAAAAAAGUGCAAAAAUAUGAAUUGCACCAAUCUUUUUUUUUUUUUUACAUAUUGAAUGUUAUAAUAUGAUUUAUUAUUACAAUUCAAGGCUGUAGCAAACUCAAUAAAAAAAUACAUACAUAAUACAUAAUAGUGGAACCUUGGUUAGCAUCUGCCCCAUUUUUCGGUUAAUGUAAAACAAUUACGCCGCAAUUUUGCCUCGUUUUAAUGAAUUUUCCGGUUAGCGUACAAUAUAGCGUGCAUCCAGUCUUGCUGUUAAUACAAUGCGUGAGUCCAACUGUGUUCUUUACUUUUUAAUUAGAAAAUGUCCUUCCUUGUUAGCAUCCCACUAGCUAGCUAAACAAAAUGGCAACAGGAAGCCAGCUACAGUAUGUUAUGUUGUCCGUCUAUGAUGUCAUCAACGGUUGGCUCUCAAAAAUGUCAAGACAAAACACGUUUUUAUAGUUUUCCAAGUAUAGUUUACAAGCAUAAAACAAUUCUAAAUGUGUAUAAAUAACACAUGAAAGAGAUAAUUGAACACUGAAGGUUACUUCUACUUUCAUUAAAGAUGAUU